AUGUCCAACAUCAUUCACAAAGUAUCAGACAAGCUUAUGGGUCAUGACGACCAUAAUGACGAGCGGGACUCGCAGGGAAAUCGUUUGAGCGAGCAGCAGCAGCAGCAGCGCGACGACGAUAGGAUGCCGCUACCCUCGCAGCAUAUGGGUGGCUCUGACACGACCUCGGGCCACCAAAUGCAAAGCAAGCAUGGUGGUUACCGUCAGCAGGAGCACGACUUGCAAGGCAACACCUCUGAGUUUGCCUCAAACCGGUCUAACCCCAUGCAGGGGCAGCAGAUGCCAGGGCCCGUGAUGGGCGGAAAAGACGUUGGAGAUGACACUUGGGACGAAGACGAGGAUGUAGACAACGACCAGCGCAGAGCUGGAGGCACGCGCAGAAAGGACGACUACGCUGAUGAGUUUCAAAAACGCUACUGGUGA